UGUUUUUUAAGCGUGUACCACAUUUUUAAAACUCUGCCACAGAAAGAAGACUUUGGUCAUGACUCUCACUCCAAACAGCACAGCGAUGGAUUUCACCUCAACUGAAUAUUACUACAGCGACGAUGACAACUACUCACUGUGGAACACGAGUAACAGCACAGACGUUGGUGACUACAUGGACUCCGGGUGGUGCGAGGCUGCAGAGCAGGAGUUCACCAUCAAAUUGUUUCAGAGCUGUGUUUUCUGCCUGAUCUUCCCACUGGGCGUGAUCGGAAACUGCCUGGUCAUCGCCACCUUUGCUCUCUACCGCCGACUUCGCCUUCAUUCUAUGACCAAUAUCUUCCUGUUCCACCUGGCGCUGGCUGACCUCCUCCUGCUCUUGACGCUACCAUUGCAGGCGACUGAAACACAUUUGGGUUGGAUCUUUCCCCUGUCGCUCUGCAAAGUCAUGCGCGCAUGCUACGCCAUCAAUACCUACAGCGGCCUACUGCUCCUGGCCUGUAUUAGCGUAGACCGGUACUUGGUGGUAGCGCGGGCGCAACAGAUGCUCGGGCUGCGUAGCCAGAUACUAACAGGCGGGAAGCUAGCUGCUGUUGGCGUGUGGCUUGUUGCUAUAUUCCUCAGCUUUCCUGAAAUUCUUUUCUCUGGGGUGUCGGGUUCGGGCGUCGACGCCUACUGCGGCAUGCAAAUAAGUGGAGCGGUCAAAAUGGUGACCAAUGUCGCCAUCAUUGCUGUAUUCUGCGUGUCCUUCUUUGUUAUGGUGAUGUGUUACUCUUUGAUUGCUCGAGUUUUGUGUGAAGGAAAAGUCCAUCAGCACGGCAAACUGCGUCACCGGCAGCAUACUUUGAAGCUGAUGGUGGUUCUGGUGCUGGUUUUUGUCUUUUUCCAGCUGCCGUACACUGUGGUUCUGUCACGUAAAAUGGCGGGCCAGUUCUGCGGCCUCCUUUUGGAGUACAUCACCUGCACCCUGGCUUACACCCGCUGUUGUAUCAACCCUAUUCUCUAUGCCCUCGUAGGUGUCAGAUUCCGAAACGAUGUGCUGAGACUUAUCUAUGACGCAGGUUGUUCAUGCGGCCUCUAUCGUGGACCUCAAUCUGUGAGCUCCUCCUCCUGAUCGCUGUCUCACCUCACCCCUGUAACGUGACUGCAGUUGCACCAGCAUUGAUGCAAAGUCUUCAAAAUGUGUACUUUUUUGGUUCCAGAAUAAUGUUUCACGAAAUGUAAUGAUCCUGUCACAUUAUUACCUUGAGGAACUGACAAAGAAGAGAAGAAGUAAGUUUGUUUGCGGACAAUAUAGAGGAGUAGAAUUUUUCCCAUCACCCCAGAGAGCCAAUGACCCCCACCCCCACCCCAAGUGGCCCUCUGCAGUUUUCAUUGUUAACUGAGUGAAAUUGUGAUGUAAUAUAAGUAAAAAUGUGCUUGAAACUUUUAAAAUAACUAUACCCUUUGCGCCUGCUAUCAUUAUGUUGUUUCCAAAAAGGAUGCAGCCCAGAUUUUAAACUGGGCUCCAAGAAAUUAGACAGACAUUUUUGAAAAACUGUAACUCGGAGGGGUAGCAUUGUGGUGAAAAUGGUUAGGGCUCUUCCAUCCCAAACAGAAGUUCCCUGAUUCAAGGCCAUCCAUGCUCAUUCUCCAUGUAUAUCUGGAGUUGUGUCAGGAGAGCAUCUGGACUAAGGGUAUCAGUGCCAAAUCAACAUAUGGCCUACACUGUAUCUACUGUGGGAUCCCUGGCAAAGACCUGAUUAUGGCAAGUAGGCCAACUGAGAAUAUGAAGAUUCUUGCCCCUCUACAAUCUGUGGGUCUAUCAUAAAAUUCAGGUCUCAUUUUCUCUGUUGGAUCACCAGACCAGCAAAAAAUCUAAAGUUUGGUAGCCUGCAGUGACUCGAAGCACGAAAACAAGCUAAAGCUAUAGCCAGGCAAUUAUUCUCAACUUGGGAAAUAUUACUGAUCCACCCAUUUUUCUAAACCUACUUAUUCCAGUAGCAGGUCAGCAGUCAAUGAGCAAGAGGCAGGGUACACCCUGGGCAGGCUGCCAGUCAAUUUACUACAAUUUAAUACAAUUUACUACGGUCAUUUACUACAGUCAAUUAAAAGUUUCCAAUUCACCUAAACUGCGGAAGUGGGAGGAAGCCAAUCAGAGCGCCGGGAGGAAUCCCACACAAACACAUAAAGUCCAUACCGAAAGGACCAGGGUGGAUGUGAACCUUAGACUUUCUCAUUGUGAGGCAACAGUGCUAAUCACUAAGCCACCAUGCUGCCCAUUCUGAUUUUUUUCCCUGUUGUUUCUUUCUUUAAAAAAGUUAAAUAGGUCUUCUUUUAAUCCACACCAAUGAUGACUUAGGUUGAUCCAAAUUAACUUACCAAGUUAUAUUAACUUAAUUCACCUGUUACAACUGAGGAAAUUUCUUUGUUUUCUCUGUUUUCAUUGUUGAGUUUUUAAUGUGCUGUAUCUCUUCUAAAUAACAAGCAUAUAUUAAAAACGGAGAGAAAAAUUAUAAAGAUAUGCUGUAAUCACUCGCGGCAAAGGUUUCUGAAACAACAUUGUAGGCAAAUUUAUUCACAAAGGUGGUAUGUGGUAGCAUUUAGUUUUGCUGAGAGGUGUUUUCCAGUUAUCAAGUGACAAAUCAGAUGAUCAGGUCACUCUGUUUUUUGUUUUGUUUUUUUGUAAUGUUAAUGCAUUUGCGUAACCCUAACCACAACCCCAUUUGUUAAAAAAAAAAACAAGAACAGACAUGCUUUUAUUUUAUUCAUUUCAAGUUUUUUUUUCAUACUAUACAUUGUUUAAAAUUCGGGAUUUAAACUUGAUCUUUUGUUUUCAAAAUCAGAACAAUAUGAUUUUCAUUUUAUCUGCUUUGUAAAAACUCUGCAGGAUUUUUACAUUUUUGUCUUCAACAAUUA